AUGGCUCAUCCAUUUACUAAAUCUAGCCGGAUCGCCGUUGUGGGAAGCGGAGAGUUUGGUUUGUCAACGGCGUAUUACCUACUCCAGGCCGGCUACAAAUCGGUCACGCUUUUUGAUCGGACACGCCCUCCGGUUCCGGACGGUAGCAGCGUUGACAUCUCGCGAAUUGUGAGAGCUGACUAUGACGAUCCGGUGUAUGCGAGGAUGGUGGUUGAAGCGCUGGAGCUAUGGAAGACGACAUACAACGAUCAUUACUAUCCUAGCGGACUGCUGUGCAUGUGCCCGACAACUAAUCCCAAGUAUUUGGCUGAUUCUUUGCCAGUAGUGAAAGAUCUAGGCCUCCCUGUCACAGAAUUCUCAUCCGGGAAAGCAGCUGCUGACUACUUGAGCCUCUCACAAGAUGCCUUGUCGGGUUUGGCAGGAUAUUUGAGCCACGAAGCGGGAUGGGUGUACGCGGCCAAGGCGGUGAAGCAGUUAUUUGAGAUGUGUCUAGAUCAGGGUGCCAUUUUCGUUGAAAAGGCUGUCGCCGAUUUAAUCUACGCGGAGGACGGGCAUUCCGUUACUGGCCUAAAGCUGGAAGGCGGCGAGAUGUUCCAAGCGGAUGUUGUGAUUGUCGCAUGUGGUGCUUGGACCGAUACGUUAGUCCCUACCGGUGAACGUCUGCUUGCAACCGGCCAGCCUGUUGCUUUCGUUAAGCUCACCGAAGCUGAAUACGAGAAAUAUAAGCAUCUUCCGAUUUAUAUCAACUUUGAGUCGGGAUUUUAUGUGUUUCCACCUCACCCCGAUUCACAUCUGGUCAAAGCUGCAAGGCAUUCAUAUGGCUAUACGAACUAUACAGAGGUUGAGGGCGGUCAGCGGACAACUUCUGUGCCCCCGCCUGUUGCUUAUGCAAGAGGCGAGCAGCCUCUUCCUCGUACUAACUUACCCAAAGAUACCAAUGAAUGCAUUCGUAUAGGUCUUGAGCAAUAUCUCGGGUCCGAUAUUGCCUCGAGAUCCUACGAUAGUGCGAGAGUGUGCUGGUAUACUGAUACACCAACCAAAGAUUUUCUCUUCGAUUAUAAGCCCGGAGUUAAGAAUUUAUUUGUGGCUUCUGGAGGUAGCGGACAUGGUCUCAAAUUUCUUCCCAUAAUCGGAAAAUACGCCGUAGGCUGCUUCGAGAGAUCGUUAGACAAAUCGCUGCUCGAAAAAUUUAGUUGGAGAGAAAUUCCAAAUAAAUUGGAAGACAAAAGCCGAGGAGGAACUCCUCUGAUGAGUUUAGAAGAAGCAGAAGAGGCAUAG